UAAAAUUCAUUGGGGGUUUGGGACUGGUCCCUUGAUGAGGGGAUACGAGCCCUAGGUAGGAUUCGGCCGCUCAUGCCUCCCACCCGAUUGAGACUCCGGAGAACGGAAAACGGAAAGGAAGCAGCCAACACAAAACCCCAGCCAUCGUAUAAGCUUCCCUGAUCGGCCGCUCCAAGCCUCCCACCCGAUUGGGACUCCUCAGGGCGGAAAAAAUAGAGGAAAAACGGGAGGAAAACAAAGGAAAAAUUGACGAAAACGAAGGAUAGACGGAAAAAUUUAAUAGUCAAAUCUCAGUGGAUCAAAGCCCAGACAAACAAUGGAUCUGGAGACAGAGAACCGCCUUGCUGCGUUACUGAUGGAAGAGGCAAGGAGAUUGCGCAUGCAAGCUGACAAAGAUGGUGUUCAAGUUUAUCUCCGCCAGCCGAAUGUAAGGAGUCGUCCAAAUUCACGGUUUCUUACUGCUACAGUUCUAGGAGUGCAACAAGCAAAUCGAGCUGUUGAGGUUGGUGAAAUGUGGCGUGCUCGAGAAAAGGAGCUGGAGUUGGAGACUAAGCUGAAGAGUGGCACAAAAGAUAAAAGCACGAUCAGGGUUGACAGGCAGCACAAGAAUUUGAUAAAAUCAAGUUCAAGGCACGAACAAGCCAGUAGAGAUCCUGCUGUUUCUUCUUCAUCGAGCAAAUGGGGUCAUGAGGAUUGCAACUCUGAUGAUGAUGGUGGUCUAAGGGAUGAUGAAAUUGAAGAGUUUCUUCACUCAAGGGCCAAGCGAGGCAGGGGUGCCAUAGGUUCAAGGAUGGGUGAACCUGGUCCGUAUCUCUCAUCAGCAUCUUUAGAUCGUGAUGGACAGCCCUUGUUGAAUCCUGAUGUGCGGGUGAAAGAAGAAUGGGAGCGACGAGUUCUUGGUCCAGAAAAGCCUUCUUUUCUAAAAUCUCAUGAGCUACUUAAAGAUGAUUCUGAUAUAAAGAUUAAGGCUGAUGAUUCAUGUACCUCAAAGAAACACCAUUCCAAGGAGAAGAGAUUGGAGGACAAGAAGUCAAGGAAAACGAAAAAGGAGAAGAGAUCCAAGCAUCACCAUAAGAGUCGAAGAAGAGAGUGACUCAAAAAAUAUAAAGCAAGGUUCUGUACCCGAGUCUAUUGUAGUGUUGUCUGGAUAUUGUUUAGUUGCUCUUUAACAAGGUUGCACUAUUUGAAAUUGGAUCGUGUUCAAUAGACGUGAUCUGUUGAUUCACUGAGUAACUCCACCCCUUUUUUCUAUGAGGCUCUGUGGUUGAUUAGGUUGUUUAACUUUCUUUUCUUCUUAUUUUUCUUUUGGGCAAAGAAAGUCGCCGCAUUCAUCAUGUUUAAUAUCCAUGUACAACUGUAGUAAGUUAUGUAGCUUUAGAGUUUAAUGUUAGCAUUGAGUUA